AUGUCAGGGUCUGGCCUGAGUCCGUGGUCAUUGGUCGCUGACCCCAGUAAAUACGCAGCGAUAGUUGCUAUUCACGCGAAUUGUUCCCCAGAAUUAACACCACCGGCAUUACUAAGAUGUUUACGGGAGCGUCCGCUAGAGGCGCUAAUGUCUGCACCUGUACAAGUGCCUGACUUUGCGUACGCCUUCGGUCCUAGUGUCGACGGCGUUGUUAUAGACACUGGUGACCUUCUGAUUAAUCCAGAAAAUGGAUAUGACUGGGCUGGUCAAAUGGCACAAGCAGCCAUCGGAAAAGGUGCGAACGCCAUCAACAUCAUCAACGCAGUGCUGAUGCGGAAGAGUUCUGUUGCGCAGCUUACCAAGUAUGAUCUUAUGCUAGGAGUUACAAAGGCAGAAGCUUAUUUUGCAUUCAGUGGAGACGACGUCCAAUACGGCAUCGAAGCUGACAGAAGAUCAAAAAUAUUGAAGUCCUUCGUCAGAAAUACCUACAGUUAUCAUCUCUCAGAGAUUUUGGCGACGAUCAUCAACGAAUACACGGAUUGGGAGAGACCCGUACAGCAUCCAAUUAAUAUAAGGGACGAGACGUUAGAAGCACUAAGCGACGCUCAAGUCGUGGCUCCUAUGGUGCUGACAGCUGACACUCAUUCGGCGCUGCGAAGGAACUCAUAUCUCUAUGUGUUCGACUACCAGACUAAAUACGGCGAUUACCCCCAGCGUCAAGGUUGCAUUCACGGUGAAGAGCUGCCGUAUAUAUUCGGAGCCCCUCUGGUCGGUGGUCUGGCACACUUUGCAAAAAACUACACUAAAGCUGAAGUAGCUCUCUCUGAAUCCGUUAUGCUGUACUGGGGCAACUUUGCUAAAACUGGGAAUCCUAAUGAAGCACAAGAAAGCGAUCCGAUUAGAGCCGGGCGACAAGAAAGAGUGAGGAUGAAAAAUAUAGAGUGGACAGCGUACGAAGCAGUUCACAAAAAAUACCUAAAUAUAGAUACUAAACCAAAACUAAAAAACCAUUAUAGAGCUCAUAGGCUGUCGUUCUGGUUAAACUUAGUACCAGACCUUCACCGACCGGGGGGCGACGAUGUACCACCCUCUCAUCAUCAACUCGAACACGAAGAAAUGGCUUUGCAGCCAACUCUCAAAACAUUUAGCCCAACUUACAAGAAAACAACAGACAUGAUUAUUACCGACACCGGACUAGCGACAAAAAUACCAGUUCUCAGUGUCUUAAACAUCACUUCACCAUUGAACUUUAACAUAAUUGGUCUUAACCAACCUACGCAAAGUACAUCCAGUGUUGAGUUACACAAAACAGAUGCUACCGCUGCGAGUCCUCCUGAAGAUGGAUUUGCAGCUUAUUCGACUGCUCUAAGUGUAACAAUAGCUAUAGGCUGUUCUCUACUUAUAUUAAACGUCCUCAUUUUUGCCGGCGUAUAUUACCAAAGAGACAAAACAAGAAUGAACGGACAAGACGGCCAUACUAAUGGAGCUCAUUUAAAAAAACGAGCCGAGAAUGGCCAGAUGCCAAAUAGCAUUUGCGGUGACCUGGAAGGGGCGUUGACUUACCAGACUAGUCUAAAAAAUGAUCCUGCUACUAUAUUAAGUCACCAUCAUCACUCUCAUCAUCAAUUACCGCCUCCUGAGUUUGCCGAUUUGCCAAGUAAUAAUGUGGCUGGUAUGGCAACAUUGCCUCGUGCUCCUCCACCACCAAAAUUAGGUAAAAGCAAUAUUAAUACUUUGGCGAGCGGACAGCUCCAGGAAAAUCAGCCUUUGUUGUCAGCGCACCACAUGCAAAUGAUCAAUACGAGUACCUUGACAAAGAAGAACACGCAACUGAACGCAAAAUCGAAUGUGACAAUGGAGGAAUUGCGUGUGUGA